UAAUGAUAAAAACAAGUGCAAAAGAAUGCUGUUGCUCUCCACAUUGCAUCUCAAGUCUCAACCCAGCCGGUUUGAAUAGAACCAGAGGGAGGCAGAAAGAAAGAGAGUUUGUCUUCAUUUUUAUGAUGGAACCCACCGGCAAGGCGGUGGUUGUGAUAACCGGCUGUUCAAGCGGCGGCAUAGGGCACGCCAUGGCUCGUGAGUUCGCCGCCAAGAACUGCUUGGUGGUGCCAACGGCUCGAUCCCACGCUGCAAUGCGGGAUUUUGAGAAUGACCCUCGGUUCUACCCUCAUGAACUCGACGUUCUGUCCGACCAGUCUGUGACGCGUCUUAUCUCCGGCGUUCUUCGGAAGUUCGGCCGGAUCGAUGUUCUCGUGAACAACGCCGGAGUGCUCAGCAUUGGACCGCUGGCUGAGAUCCCUUUAUCCACCAUUCAGCACACCUUCGACACCAAUGUGUUUGGGACGAUGAGGUUAGUUCAAGCUGUGGUUCCUCACAUGGCAUCCAGGAAAGAGGGAAAGAUUGUUAAUGUAGGCAGUUGUAUUGCUUUAGUUUCUGGAGCAUGGGCUGGUGCUUAUAGCUCAUCCAAAGCUGCUCUACAUUCUUUAACAGAUACCUUGAGACUGGAACUACGGCCUUUGGGGAUUGAUGUGAUCAAUGUGGUUCCUGGAGCAAUUAAGUCAAAUGUAGGAAACUCAGCACUUGCGAGGUAUGAUGAUCAGAUGCCAGAAUGGAAGUUUUACAAAAGAUUUGAAGCGGCAAUUAGAGGAAGAGCCCUCCUCUCCCAGGUACCACGGGCGACCUCUACUGAAGAGUUUGCAAAACGGACUGUGACAGCGGUGCUUAAAAAGAACCCCCCAGCUUGGUUCUCAACCGGUCACUAUUCAACAAUUUCAGCAAUCCUCUAUCACUUGCCAUUGUUCAUCAAAGACUUCAUUCUCCGCAAAAAAAUGAUGAGUUGAAAUCUACAUUAGAGUUUCUGAAAUCGGGAACCCUCCUUUUCUAAAGAUUUGUGCAUCAUAGGUUGAAUUUCAAGAUUGGGGUGGGUUGGAGGAGCUGGGCUAUAUCCUCCAAUCCAAAUUUGGAAAAACAAGUCUGCGUGAGAUUUUUACUAAAGAGAUUUAAAUGCAAGAAUUGUAUUGUUUACUACUGUAAAUCAACUCCAUAUAUGUGAUUAUGUGAAUGUGUUGAUAACUUGAUAUAUAUCGUCCCCAGAGUUGUCAAGAAAGUCCAACAUCUCAAACCCCGCUAGUGCCAAGGGUAGAGUAGACAGAGAUCAAGUUCAGGUAUGUUUCCAGUUUUGAUCAACCGAAAGUUCUGUAUUAGGAUGUGGUUCCAUUUUGAAUAGUUCUAAACCGGAUUUCCAAGUAGGCCUGUCAAUGGGUCGGGUCCGGGUUGGAACAUAGUGUUCCAGACCCAGACCCGCUAAGUUAGUAAUGGACCCAGACCCGACCCGUUUACCCCGGCGGGUCUGAAAAUUUGGACCCAGACCCGGACCCAACGGGUCUCGGAACCGGGUCGGGUAGACCCGCCAAGUAUGAUACCGUUAUAAAUUUUGUGAAAACAACAAGACCUGUAUGUGAAAUGUAAAGAAAAGUGUGUAAACUAAUAAGCAAAAUAUAUCUUCACUUUUUCAAAAAAAUUAAAGGUUUCUCAUAUUAUUACUUUUAUGAGUUUAUCCAAUAAUGUAUCAGUUCUUGCGUAUAACUCCACACUAUGUGUCGCUUUUUCUCGUGCAUAGGGCUUGUAGAAUAAACUUCAAAUUAAGUCACAAAAGGUGUCUUUGACUAUAGAGAGUAUAAAAACAUAUUGUACAGAGUGUAUGAUAAUGAUAUAAUAAUACUACGUAUUAAUAAUAAUAAUAAUUAUUAUUAUAAUGAAUAUUGUGCGUUGCUUACCGAGCCCAAUAUACAUUUUAUCACUAUGAAUAAACGGCCAAAAUGAGUAUUAAUUUUAUUCUAUCACACUAUCUCAACCAGUACACUUAUAUUUUAUGGAUUAUUAGGUAAAUGUGUGUGUAUUAGUUUGUAUUUUAUUAUUUGAAGUGUUAUAACUAAUCACUUUAUGUAUUAGUGUGUUUGUAUUCAAAUAAGAAAUUUUAAACGGGUCCGGGUCCUUAACGGGUCGGAAUCAUAUGUACCGUACCCGACCUGUUUAUUAGAUAUACUAACGGGUCCGGAUCCGGGUCUGGGUAAACGGAAUAAAAUAUAGACCCAUACCCGUUAAAAAUAACCGGGUCCGGGUCGGGUCCGGGUCUAGACCCGACCCAUUGACAGGCCUAUUUCCAAGCUAUGGACAGGCAUAAUGAAUAGUGCAUACAUUCCUAAGUUCACUCAAAUACCUACUACCCAACUAGAUAUUUUCUGGUCAAAAUUUAUUCAUCAUUUGUAAUAAUGAGAAAUUAAGAAUUAUUUUAUUCAUGAGCAUUAAAUGAAAAUCCAAGGGUAAUAGAAACCUUGAGGGCUAUAUUGCAACCAUCGAAGUGUAAUUAGAUCCUUUCUCCUAGGCAUGAAUUGAGUUCACUUUCUAAAUGUUUCUUAUUAAACUCUUAUGAAAGCAUAAACGUAUCAUUAUAGAACUUUUGGAAUACAGAAAAGAAUAAAUGAUAUUGGUUGCUUGACAAUAUUGAUCAACAUAGAAAUUCUGACACGGAAAAAUGUAUGCAUAUUCUCGUAAGGAAAAUUAUCUCGCAUAUGACUAAAACAUCAAUCAUUUCCCAAUAUAUGAGUCCUUGAGUUUUUUUCCCAUAUUAAUACGUGCAUGAGUAUUAAUAGGAAGUGUUUUACUCCUAUACAUUUGUUGUCAUAUUAUCAGAAAUCUCAUUAUUUAGUCAUAUUAUGGGAAAUCCUCUAUGUUUUGAUAAUAUUUCCGUAAUAAUCCCUUUUAUAUAUAAAGUAUUCAAAAUGUGGGGUACUUGAACAAUUUUACAUUUGCUCAUAGUAAUGUUAUGUAUGAUAUUCUGAGAUACAAUAUAAUAAUUGUUGUGCAUGUGUGCAAUGCUUUUAAAUACGUAGUAUAUUAUAUUGGUAUUAAAUAAUAUGUGGUGAAUUUCGAAAAUUAAUUGUGUAUGCAAAUAAUAUAUGUGACAUCUUUUAUUAUUCAUUUAGUGUGGAGCUAUAUGGAGUUGAAUAUAAGACAAUUAAGUUUUAGUCUUUAAUCCAACACGAUAUAGUAAAUAUAUGUAUAAAUGUGUAUGAACAAGCUCUUUUUACGUGGAAACCCGAAAGGGAGAAAACCACGGGACUUUUUAGGUUAACGUCCAAGCCCUCUCAUUCUCAUUAAUCUCUCAUCACCAUUACAAGUUACAAGGUAUUGAGCUCCCAUUCAUGGAGUAUUGUAAGCUAGCUAGAGAGAAGGAAGAAGAAUAAGCCAAGGAAAAAAGGAUCCCUAAACAUGUGGGAAAGCCCCAUAUUUAUAGGGGAAAGGGAGUAGGGUAAAACCUACCCUAAUGGGCCAAAUGAGUCGAAAAUGGGCCCAAAGGCCAAAACAGGCCCAAUAGGCUUAGAAUGGCCUCCGCCAUCUGGGCUCUGAACUGGGGUAAUAUCUUGGACCCUUGAACAGUAGUAGGCUGGGAUAAUAUACCUCAACAAGUCUUAUUACUCUUAUAUGGUUGAUUUGAUAGAAAUCUAUGUUGACUCUCAAAGUGUGAGUUUGUUACAAAUUAACAAACUAUGUGAGACCGACAUUGACAUAAUUGUCCAAAGAUUGAGAUGAAAUUUGAAAAAAAAAUUACAUAUUAAAUAAAUGAAGACUGUUUACAAAAAUGUGAUUAGUAACAGGGGUAGUAAUGAAAUCAUAGUAACUUAUGUUCAUUUUUUAAGCGUAACUUACAGUGAUGCUACAUUGUAAUAACUAAUAGUCAUACUUGUGUAAAUAAGUUUUAUUUUAAUAAUAUUUUUGUAAAAAAUCCUUCGAAACACAAAAAGUGUAUUUGGUGAGUCAUACCAUUGUACUAAAGAGAUACAAUGAUGAUAUAUUGUAUUGAGAAUUAUCCAUUGUACUAUAAUUUUACAAUGGUGUUAUUAUUAUUAUUAUUAUUAUUUUUUUUGAUCGAGAAUUACCCCGUUGUACAAG